AUGGGAAACACGCCGUCGUCUGCCAAAGCGGAGAAGGGCAGCCAACCCGCCUCGCCCGCCCACGCUCUCCACCAACACCACUCGCGCGACCAACACCACCAUGAAGCCCGUCGCGAGCCGCGACGCCGCGAAUCCAUCCCGGCCCUGACGUCCAAGACGGCCGCUGCCUCUCCCUCCCUCGACACCACCUCGGCCAGCGGACAGGCCAUCUUCCCCUCGCACUACUCUCCCUCGCAGCCGCGCUCUGCUCCUGCCUCUGGCCACCAGCGCAAUCGCUCAAACACCACAAACACCCCCAAGCAGGAGUCGCCCUCGGUCCCGCGUCGCUACAAGAGCCUCAAGUCUCCCAGCCCUCCUCCAGAGCCUCGUCUAUCGCCUGCAUCACAGCCCGUCGACGUUCCUCAAUCACAACGCCCCCAGCGUCCUGCCUCUCCUGCUACAGAGGCCGCAUACCACCUCCCACCAGCCAGUUUCUCGCGCCCCCCACGUCUUCCUCUGCCAAUUGAACAAGAAGACCACACCCCUGGCUCUCCCAUAGUCUCGGCCGUCGUUCCCGACGACGACCCUGAACAGGUCGACCUGCCCCGACGAUCGAGCGUCGUUAGCAGUACCAUUGACGACGAUGACGAAGAGCCCGACGGCUUCGAGGGCUACGAGACGGAUGCUGGCGGUCCAAAAGUGCCCACUCUGAUAGAAUGGCGCAACACCAAACCGGGUGAACGUGUCUACGUAACAGGCACAUUUACUAACUGGGAACGCAAAUUCCGUCUGCACAAGGAUGGUCCCAGCAAGCAUAAGAACGCCUUGUCGGCCACACUUCAACUACCUCCGGGCACUCACCACAUCAAAUUCAUUGCCAACGGCGACAUGAUGACCUCGAACGAUCUACCCACCACCGUGGAUUACACCAACAUUCUUGUCAACUACAUCGAAGUCUCCUUGGAUCAGCUACCUCUCCUUCAGCCCGGCAAACCCGUGCUCCCUGGUCCCCCUCCGGUCAAGCCUCAAGAGCCCUCAAGGCCCAUGGACAUUCGGCCCAAACCAGCGGCGCAGGCAACCAAGGACGCGUCGGCCGCCAACCAACCACAGAACACCCCUCCCAAGUCAAGUCAUGAGCCACCCGCUCCGAAAUCGACCACAGGCACACCGGCACAAGCUCCUGCCGAUGAACCCAAGUCGCGCCAGGAGGCCCCAUUAGUCCGCCAACAAAGCCGGGAAUGGACGCAAACAGUGCCUGCCUACCUCACAGACCUUGAUUCUUGGUAUCCGCCGCCCUCGGCAAAAGAAGAUGCGCAAUCACCAUCUGGUUCUGCUGCGCGUUACAGAUUCGAGCGUGCCAAUGCCGCUGCUGAGUCUCAACCAGCACCUCCUUCACUUCCCAUGUUCCUCAGCAAGAGCAUUCUCAACGGAACCACGCCGACCAAGGAUGACAGCAGUGUGUUGAUCAUGCCAAAUCAUACCGUGCUAAAUCAUCUGGCGACUACGAACAUCAAGCAAGGCGUGCUGGCCACGAGUGCGACCACUAGGUACAAGAGAAAGUUCCUUACUACCAUCAUGUACAAACCGCGUAGCGACGGCGAAGAAUAA